AUGCCUCUCUCUCAGACUGAAACUGAGCUUGGCUAUUGGGAUAAUCUUUCAAAUGCCAAUCCUGCCCUCUACAAGGCUCUCGAGGGCUGGGCUGACGUCGACUCCCGGGUCGGCUUGGUCUUGAGGGCCGUCCAGGAAUCUGCCCCUAGUUCGGAGGAUCCAGUUCAUCUGACUUUUAAGAUGGGUAUUGAUAAUGGCUGGGGCGAAGAUCAAGCUCGCCUUGUUGUUGCUGCGCCUGGCGGUGAGGGUUAUAUCGCCGUUCACAUCCCAUCUCACGUCUUUUCUGAGCAGAACCUCAGUCAAGAGAAGAUCAACCAGUUCUGUCUCAACAUCAGAGACGUCAUUUGCCGCAUCUCUCAUCACAAAUGGAACGCUCUGAACCACCAUGAACAAGUCGAAGUUCUUUCCGCCGCCAACGAACCAAUUAAGAGCGGUCGGUCCCAGUACUCGCCCAAGUCCAUCAAGCGCAUUGAGCACACGGAGAUGUUCCAUGAGGCCAUGGGCAUCCAAGUCCCCAAGGCAGCGACACCUCCUCGAUCUCGCCUCAGCCAGAGCACGGUCGAUCCUCUCAAGAAUCAGGUCUCCCAAAAGGACCUUAUGACCUUUGAGGGUAAACUCGAUAAACUCAUCAUAGAGUUCAAUGCUCUCGUCUCUUCGGUAGCCAAGAGCAAGGGUCCUGGGGCAGACAGUCGUUCCGCUCCCUCGACUCGCCUUGACACCUUUGAGAGAGACCGCCCUUCUGCUCGAGAAACACCACCAACUGCCAAUGUGAAGCCAACGAAGCCCCUCGAGCAGGAGUACGAUUGCUGGGGCAAUGUGGUCAAGAACCCAUAUCUUCCAACCACAAUCGCCGGCGCUUAUGCCGCUUGGAGUCAGAGAGAUGGGGACCCUUUCUCGGGCAGCCAGGUUCGUUCCAAGAUCGCGAAGUGGUGGGAGAAGGGAGAGGGUAACCCCAUGUCCGGCAGCAUGAUGCCCGGCAAGUGGGUUGAAACUCCUGUGAGGAAGUUCGAAGAUCCAGAGACACCCGUACCGAAGGGGAAGGGGUCUGGAUCCAAGGGCAGACAGGAUCAAUCCAAGCUCCCCGACGUUGGCCCAUUUGAUUGGGAUCGAUGCGACUACUCUGACGACGAUGUUUCUGCUGUCACCCCAGAGCCUCGACUUCGUUCUCGUAGGGGUGCUGCCAAGGCACCACCUGCAAAGCCAUCUGGGAAGAGACAGUUCGGUGUUUGGAGAGGACCUGCUUCCACGGAGGACGGUGUUGAUCAUGUAUGCCGGGGACAUUCUCAUGGCCCAGUCGUUCCGGGUGCCUACGAAUGGUAA